AUGCACAAACUGCAUGUGGGCGAUGCAACGAACUGCACUCCUGGCUCCCCGAAAUCCUGCCCAGGGGCGCCCCAUCCCGAGACCAACACGGACUCGGCCCCUGCUGAGGGGACAGUGCCCAUGAAGUUGCUCCCGGCACCCCCCAAGCCCCAGAGGGCCCUUUUCCGGGACUCGCCGCUGGCCUUGCACCCUCGCCCCCUCCUGAAGCCCUCGCCCCGGACCCUCGGCCCCCCCAGCCUGCUCUCCUGUUCCCUGCCCCCCUGCAGGGACCACCCCCCCCCCCGCACCACCGCCCCGACCCGGUUCGGCGCGGGCGCGGGUGCGGGCGCCCAGGCCGGCCUGCAGAGGGGGAUCAUCCAUCCGGCGAGGCGAACCCGCCGCCGCUCCGCCCGCGGCGCCCCUCCUCGCUGGUGCGCAGCAUCCGCCGCCGCCGGACAGAAAGAGAAACUGAGGCCCUCGGGGACCGCGGGAACCCGGGUGCGGCCGCGGCGGGGCUCCAGGCCGGGCCUGCGGACUGCGCCCCGGGCCCGGCCGGCCUCGCAGGGAGGCAGAGAGGCCCGGGUGCGCCCCCCGGCCCGCGCGCCCUCGGCCCCCACCCGCACCGCGGCCUGCGGGUGCGGGCGCGGGUCCCCCCCACCCCGGGCUCCCUCCCGCGUGCGCUGCGGGGUCCGGGGCUCGGAGGCUGCGCGGCGCUCGGCGUUGGCACUUGAAACUGAGCGGGGCGCGCGCGGCGGGCUCCUGGGAGCGUGCCCGGACUGCGGCGCCGCGCCCCGAAACCCCCGGCCCCGCAGCCCGCCCAGCCCGCGCCGGCCACACUGCAGCGGCCGCGGCGGCGCGGGAGGGAGGGAGCGGCGGGGCUCGGCGCCCCUCGGCCGAGCGGACCCAAGAAGCCGCUUUCUAUCAGGAAAUCGCCCAAGUUUUCCAAGUUGGCGACUUGAAGACAAAUGA